ACCGGUAUACUCUAUAUCGCGGGAAUAAGUUACAUAGAACGCUGUCAGAGCUUCCUUACUACAAUAUUCUACCUAAUGAUGGCAAGAGCGACAAGAUUUAUGUGGUUGUUAUUUACGGCGGCUGCAAUAACGCAGGCGAAACCAUUAAACCCAUCAAUCGACGAAUCUAUCAAUGAAAUCGACCAUGAUAACACAAAUUUGCAAAAAAAUUCAUUUGGAUCGAAUAAACAACAGAAUUCUGCUUUGCCGACUAACGAAGAAUCAAUACAAGAUACCAUACAAACUGAUGCUACAAACUCGGCAGUUGGUACCGUGAUCGAUACGACCAUACAGUCAUUUCAGGAAAAUUCAACGAUAAAACCGGGUCCGUUCUCUUGGUUCCUGACACCGCUGGUGCAGAAAAUCCAAUUCUCGCCACAAUCGUUCCUGAACGAUCGUCUACCGCUACUGAAAGAUGUGCUAAACAUUCUAGGAAUUAACGUGCUACAAAACGUGACAGCGAAGCAGCUAAGUGGAUCCGGUCUAUUGCAUUUCUUGGGUCCUAAUGAUUCUGGUUUCUACACGAACCGGCUGGAACCGGCCGGUUUUCUGGGCGGUAACGGCUGGUUCGCCAACAAAGGUGGCAUUCUCGGCGGACCGGGGGCCAUACUCUCCACCGGCAGCCUCCUCACGGAUUAUCCGACUGCUUACAGAAGGAAAUAGGACGGCCUAUCGUUUAAUUAGACGUGCAAUGUAAAUAAUCGAAGAACAAAAACUGUGCAACAUAGUUCUGAAAAUUUCAGAUUUGUCAAGUAACUUACUGAAUGUCGGAGAUUCACAAUCUUUCCUCUUAAUCGAAAUAUUAAAGAACAAAAAGUAAUGAUAAAAGAGCGAAAAGCAGUAUUUCUAACUUCCAUACAAAUUUCAUAAGAGAUCAUUAGUGAAAUGCUUUGACAAAUUAAACUCAAGAAAUCCAAAUAGAUAAUAUUAAGUAAAUUAUUAUUAACAUAAACAUGA